AUGGAGCGUUACAGUUAUAUACAAAACAUGCCCAAUUCGCCCUUAAGCCCCCUAACACCGCUGAGCGAGAAUACAAAAUUUGAAUUUAAUUUUGGUGGGGACGGUUCUUUGGACGUGUAUAUUGAAAGUGUACGCCGGGAGCAUCGUGUGGAGCAGCAGCGAAAGAAACUGUUGGAACAGGCCAAUCGUAUUUUCCAUAAAAAAGGCUGCCCACUGCAACCGAAACACUAUUCCGAGGAAUUUCUCAAAAUCCGUGAUGUAUUUGAGGACCAUGAACAGCAUCAAGAGCAACAGGCACAAAACAAAGAAAACAAUUGCUUGAGAAUUUGCUGUCAUCGCAAAGAACAGCAGCAACAAGUUGGCACUGAUGUAACACCUAAAGUUCCCGCUGUGAAAAUUAUACAUACCGGUGCUACGCCCACACCAACGCCUACAAAAGGUGGCCAUAGGCUAAACACUGAUUAUUCGACCACACCCACAAAUGUACGUACUCCUCUAAAGCCUAGAAAUCAUAAUGUGCCCCAAAAUAUUCACUCAAAAUCUGUUCAUGUUUUGCAACAACAAAAAUUACAUGAAAAAUGUUUACGUAUAAUACAACGGCGGGAGCAGCAGCAACACCAACAACAACAACACCAUCAUCAUCUUCAAACCCAUCAAAAUCAAAUAUUUCGUCAAGCCUCGCCCGUUGCCGCCAAACCUUUGUGUCCCCAUGUAUCGAAAAUUUUACAGCAACGCGGCCUUUCCAUGUACUGCGGCCUUUUUCAAAGGGAAGAAAUUGACUUGUAUACAUUUCAUUUGCUAAAGCUCCAAGAUCUCCAUCAAAUGGGCAUAACAAAUCAAAAACAUUGUGCCGUGCUAAUGCACGAUAUUUACUAUGCUGGACAAUAUUUUUAAAUGUUUUAACUAGAUUUUAAGUAUUGUUUUUAGAUGUUAAUUGUUUUGAGAGUAAUAUAUGUAUGUUAUCUGUAAGUUUAGUAAAAAAAUGUGUUUGUAAUUUAGUUUUUAAUAAA